ACAUACUCACAUAGUCUUAUAAAUAUCAAAUACCCAUUUCUAUCUCUGCGUACGAAUCUCUUUGUUGAUUUCGCUUUUCUUCGUGAAAUUCCAGAGUUGAAUAAGGAAAAUGGCAACUAUAGACGAAAGUGCUUCUGCUAAGCGGUGGCUUCCUCUUGAAGCUAAUCCAGAUGUUAUGAACCAGUUUCUUUGGGGCUUAGGUCUUCCCGAGAGUGAAGCUGAGUGCUAUGAUGUUUAUGGCUUAGAUGACGAACUCUUGGAAAUGGUUCCUAAACCUGUACUUGCUGUUCUUUUUCUCUAUCCCAUAACCCCACAGAGUGAAGCAGAGAGACUGCAGCAAGAAGCUGAGAAAAAGGAACUUAGCAAUAAAGUGUAUUUCAUGAAACAAACUGUGGGUAAUGCUUGCGGAACAAUCGGGCUUCUUCAUGCUGUUGGCAACAUUACUUCAGAGAUCAAGCUUCUUGAAGGGUCAUUCUUGGAUAGGUUUUUCAAGUCGACAGCACAGAUGGAUCCUCUGGAGCGUGCUGCAUUUCUUGAGAAUGAUAGAGAAAUGGAAGUUGCUCAUUCUGUAGCAGCUACAGCUGGUGAUACAGAGGCUUCAGAUAAUGUUGACACUCAUUUUAUCUGCUUCACAUGUGUGGAAGGGCAACUUUUUGAGCUUGAUGGAAGAAAGUCGGGACCAAUAUCACAUGGCCAAACCUUCACCAGGGAGCUUAUUGCAGGAUGCAACCAAAGUCAUAAGGAAAAUGAUUCAGAAAAAUCCUGACUCCCUCAACUUUAAUGUAAUUGCUAUUUCAAAGAAAGCCGAGGGUGCUUUUUAAGGUUUAGGCCCAUCCAGAUAGUUUUGAAAUGGUUUCACUUUUAGUUCAUCCAGCCAUCCAUCCUUGAUGCAGUCAGUUGAAGACUUCAUGUGGCACUUUUUUGGUCAUCAGUUGUAGACGGGCAUAAUUCUGUUUUCACACUACUGUGCAACUUAAAUCUUAGCAUAAGAGGUCUUGCUAUAUGACUUUGAUAUUCUAGCCAA